GCCAUCUGACUAUCUUAAUUAAAGCCCGAGCUGUCAGUUAAUUAAUCAGUAGAGAGCUCAUCUCAGUGGGUCCAUCCUCACACGAAGUAACGAAGGCAAAAACAUUUCACCGUACUACACGCACUCGACAUUUUAAGUGUAUGAAGUUGGCACGAUCCAGGGGCGGAACUUUUUCCUUCCGCUUUGACAAGUACGCAUGCGCAGUGCCUUAACCGCGGAGUUCCAUUUUUUUUUUUUUUUUGCUCGGGACGUUUGAAAGCUGGCACGGCGAGCGGAGCACCAGCGUGCUUGUGUGUUUGUACCUCCGCAUCUCAACACUGACAAACUCAGACUCACAGUGACGCAAACAUGGAACUGAAUGAUGCUAACCUCCAAACCCUCACAGAGUACCUCCGAAAAACGCUGGACCCAGACCCAAAUGUCAGACGUCCAGCCGAAAAGUUUCUGGAAUCAGUGGAGGGAAACCAGAACUACCCGUUACUGCUCCUGACUUUGCUGGAAAAGUCCCAAGAUAACGUUAUUCGUGUGUGCGCUGCUGUUACGUUCAAAAACUACAUCAAAAGAAACUGGCGCGUUGUUGAAGAUGAGCCAAAUAAAAUUUCGGAUCAAGACAGAACCACAGUCAAAGCCAACAUCGUCAACCUGAUGCUGAGCAGUCCGGAACAGAUUCAAAAGCAGUUGAGUGAUGCUAUCAGCAUCAUCGGAAGGGAGGACUUCCCUCAGAAGUGGCCUGACCUUUUAACGGAGAUGGUGACCCGCUUCCGGAGCGGUGACUUCCAUAUUAUCAAUGGAGUGCUACGCACCGCACAUUCUCUCUUCAAGAGGUAUCGACAUGAAUUCAAGUCAAAUGAGCUUUGGUUGGAGAUCAAACUGGUUCUGGAAACAUUUGCCUCACCUCUGACAGAAUUGUUCAAGGCCACCAUUGAGUUGUGUCAGACUCAUGGUACAGACGUCAAUGCUUUGAAGGUCCUCUUCUCUUCGCUCACGCUCAUCUCCAAGCUUUUCUAUAGUCUUAACUUUCAGGAUCUUCCUGAGUUUUUUGAAGAUAACAUGGAGACCUGGAUGACUAAUUUUCACGCACUCCUGACCCUGGAUAAUAAACUUUUACAAACAGAUGAUGAGGAGGAAGCAGGUCUCCUGGAACUCCUCAAGUCGCAGAUCUGCGACAAUGCCGCCCUUUACGCUCAGAAAUACGACGAGGAGUUCCAGCCCUAUCUUCCUCGUUUUGUCACCGCCAUCUGGAACCUCUUAGUUUCUACAGGCCAGGAAGUUAAAUAUGACCUGCUGGUGAGCAAUGCCAUCCAGUUUUUGGCCUCAGUCUGUGAAAGGCCACACUACAAAAAUCUAUUUGAGGAUCAGAAUACGCUCACUAGCAUUUGUGAGAAGGUGAUUGUGCCCAAUAUGGAGUUCAGAAGUGCAGAUGAGGAGGCCUUUGAGGACAACUCUGAAGAAUACAUCCGGAGGGACCUUGAAGGCUCUGACAUUGACACUCGUCGUCGGGCGGCGUGUGACUUAGUACGAGGCCUGUGUAAAUUUUUUGAGGGUCCGGUCACGGCAAUCUUCUCUGGAUAUGUGAACUCCAUGCUGGCGGAGUACGCAAAGAACCCCGGGGUGAACUGGAAGCACAAGGAUGCCGCCAUCUAUUUAGUCACAUCGCUGGCAUCCAAAGCUCAGACGCAGAAGCAUGGAAUAACCCAAGCCAACGAGUUGGUGAAUUUGACUGAAUUCUUUGUGAACCAUAUUCUUCCCGACCUGAAAUCACCUAACGUUAACGAAUUCCCAGUGUUGAAAGCAGACGCAAUCAAGUAUGUGAUGAUCUUUAGAAGCCAGCUUCCGAAGGAGCAACUGCUGCAGGCUGUUCCUCUGCUGAUAAGUCACCUGCAGGCGGUGAGCACCGUGGAGCACACUUACGCCGCACACGCCUUGGAGAGGCUGUUCACCAUGAGAGGCCCAAACAACACAACACUUAUCUCUCCUGUAGAGAUGGCACCUUUUACCGAACUGCUGCUCGUCAAUCUGUUCAAGGCAAUGAAGCAUCCUGGUUCAUCGGAAAAUGAAUACAUUAUGAAAGCAAUCAUGCGUAGCUUCUCGCUGCUCCAGGAAGCCAUCGUUCCCUACAUUCCCACGCUGAUCGAUGAACUCACUCGGAAGCUCCUUUUAGUGAGCAAGAACCCCAGCAAGCCCCACUUUAACCACUACCUGUUUGAGUCCCUGUGCCUGUCUGUCCGCAUCACCUGCAAAGCUAACCCCGCCACCGUCAGCAGCUUCGAGGAAGCUCUCUUCCCCGUGUUCACCGAGAUCCUCCAGAACGACGUCCAGGAGUUCCUCCCGUACGUGUUCCAGGUGAUGUCUCUCCUCCUGGAGAUCCAUUCCAGCUCAAUACCCUCUUCCUACAUGGCUCUGUUCCCGCAUCUGCUGCAGCCCGUGCUGUGGGAGCGGACAGGGAACAUCCCGCCUCUGGUGCGCUUGCUUCAGGUGCACCUGGAGAAGGGAGGAGCCACUAUUGCCACAUCUGCGGCUGAUAAAAUACCCGGAUUGCUGGGCGUGUUCCAAAAGCUUAUUGCCUCCAAGGCUAACGACCACCAGGGAUUCUACCUGCUCAACAGCAUCAUAGAGCACAUGCCCCCAGAAUCCCUCAUUCAGUACAGGAAGCAGAUCUUCAUUUUGCUCUUCCAGAGGCUCCAAAACUCCAAAACCACCAAGUUCAUCAAGAGCUUCUUGGUAUUUGUCAACCUGUAUUGUGUCAAGUACGGAGCCAUUGCACUUCAGGAGAUUUUUGACAGCAUCCAGCCCAAGAUGUUCGGUAUGGUCCUGGAGAAAAUCGUUAUUCCGGAGGUUCAAAAGGUGUCUGGAACUGUGGAGAAAAAGAUCUGCGCUGUUGGCAUCACAAAGAUCCUCACCGAAUGUCCAGCCAUGAUGGACACGGAGUACACAAAGCUCUGGACCCCACUGCUCCAGGCCCUCAUUGGCCUAUUCGAGCUGCCCGAAGACGACAGCAUCCCGGAUGAUGAGCACUUCAUCGACAUUGAAGACACGCCCGGCUAUCAAACCACUUUCUCACAACUGGCCUUUGCUGGAAAGAAGGAGCACGACCCCAUCGGGGAUGCCGUGGGCAACCCCAAAAUCCUACUGGCCCAGUCCCUCCACAAGCUUUCCACAGCCUGUCCGGGAAGGGUUCCAUCAAUGCUGAGCACCAGUCUAAACGCAGAGGCUCUCCAGUUCCUGCAGGCUUAUUUACAGGGAGCCAACGUGCAACUGGUGUGAUCUUUAUCCAGUCCACUACAGUUAAUCCAUGGAAUCCCCACAGAGGUAAUCAUUCACAAACUUGGCUUUCUCCCACGGCAAAUUACUUUUUAAACAUUUUAACAAGACUACAAAGACCAAAAAGCCACCGUAACGCAAACCAUGUUUUGGUUUUUUUGUGAGGCAAAAGCUGGCAAAAAUGUUUGAAUAGUUCUGACAUUGACGAAACGACUUUCACCAAACCUUUCACAUUUUAGUUUUUGUUUUUUGUUUUUUUUCCGAGAGUUGAAUUUUCUGCAGCUUUGUUUAUGUCUAGUCUAUUUCAGUUUCAUGUGAAUAAAAAGAGGCACUUGUAUAGAUUGGUUAUGAUCUCCACAUCUCUUCAGUCCAUAAUUUGGUCCUUUUCAGCAUGCAAGUUACAUUUCAAAAUAAUCUACCUCUUACUAUAAAACACAAACUUCAAAACAACUAUACUACUGACUAGUAUUUCGCAUUCAGUUUCAAAGUUUACAGGUAAUCAAAAUAUGGUAGUCGUGGUUCAAUGUGGCACUAAAUGUAAUUCCUCGAUAGUUGUACAUAACCUAACCUGAGUAUUAUGUUUAUAAUGUGGGUGACAUGCGAUCCACCCACACUGCCUUCAUGAUGGACGUAAUGGGCACCCUUCCUGUAGUUUAAUUAUUAGUAACAUCGUUGAAAUACAAGAGCAGGGCUCGACAAUAACGAUGUACCGAUGGCCCGGGGCAAGUUAAAACAAAAUUGGGGCAAGUAAAUCCAAUCAUUAAUAUUCCCGUGGGGCAAGUGCACUUCGGCAUGCCGUACUGCAAAGAGUUUUUUUUUUAAAGCGGUUCUUGUUGGGUGUUGGUAAAACACGGACUGCGUAAUUCCGGUGGUAAUUUGCAAACCAAUCCUUGCAAAUCUUGAAAUGGACCAAUCAGAAUCGUUUAUUUAGACCGCGGUCCAUUGAGUCCAUGAGCGAUUAUUUGACUAGGAAAACAUCCAUCAUGGCGUCCCUGCCAACAUGGUCUAAUUCUUCAACAGCAAAAAGUGAUGAAACAGUGCCUCCUAAACAAGUAUUUUAUUAGCGGUUAGCAAAUCAAAUGAUGGCACAGGUGAGUGAAUCACAUUGCUGUGACAAUUUGAAGUGGUCACAAUGAAACACCACCCAUUAGAUCCAAUACCAAGUGCUGAUUUUGCACAAGCUACAAAAUCUAGCGCUUCCAUUUUUUUUUAGAUUAGAUUAGAUUAGAUUCAACUUUAUUGUUAUUGCUCAUGUCACUUGUACAGGGCAACAAAAUGCAGUUAGCAUCCAACCAGAAGUGCAAUUUUUAUAAGUACAUUAGUAUGGACAGAUCUAUGUAAAUAAAACUAUACAGGCUAUGACUAUAAUACAGUGAGGAUAUGUACAGGGAUAUAAAUGACUAUAAUAUGGCUAUUGUAGAUUAUACAGAUUAUAAACAGUAUGGGUAUGACAAUAUAUAAUAACAGUAAUAUAUACAGUAUUGCAGUGAAGUGACUAGGGUAUGGAAAUGACUAUAAUAUGGCUAUUGUAGAUUAUACAGAUUAUAAACAGUAUGGAUAUGACAAUAUAUAAUAGUAGUAAUAUGUACAGUAUUGCAGUGAAGUGACUAGAGUAUGGUUAUUGAAGAUUAUAUAAAUUAUAAACAGUAUGAUCAAUGAAUCAACAGAUAGUAUAUGUACAAUAGUGCAAUGAAGUGAUGGGGGAGGGCAUAGGUCAGCGGGGGGAUGUACGUAGUGGUCAAAUUAUUGUUUGACCAUUGAGCAUUUUUUUCUGGAUGAAAAACACUUUAUUAGUACACAAAUGUGUCAAAUGUUUCAUUGUGGUGCACAACUUCUAAAUAUCACUGCUUACUACGACUACCAUGUGUAAGGUAUUAUGGCAUGCCAUGUUAACAUACAUUUCAGACAUUCCUCCAAAUACAAUGCAUCAGUACUAUUAAUAAUAAAUAUAAAUAUGGUAAUUCUGAUGAAUUAUCAGCAAGUUCGGGCAAGUAGUUCUCACCUUAAGGAUUCCCCAUGGGCAAGUCAUUUUUGUUUUUAACGUAGAGCCAUGAAGAGAGAUUCGGUGUCAGUAAACCUUAAUGUUGCCUUGCAUCACAUUUAAAUGAAGUCAGCCAUGACACGUGGAGUGAAAAAUAUUUCUCCCAUUCCAUGUGGAAGUGGUAAUUUGAGGCCAUCUGCUUAGAUUGCUAGCUAGCAGCCGUCUCAGGAUAAGAGUUGCGUAAUGUGGUGUAAACAAUAAUAGGAGUCUAAAGUUGACCAGGCGAGUUAUUUUAUGCGUACGUGACUCUAAUAAAAGUAAAAAGCUGUAAUCAGAAAGACAUAAACAGGCUUUCGGUGCUCGAACUACAAAAAUAUUACAUUUAACAUCCAACCAGGGGCGGCACGGCGGUCUAGUGGUUAGCGCGGAGACCUCACAGCUAGGAGACCAGGGUUCAAUUCCACCCUCGGCCAUCUCUGUGUGGAGUUUGCAUGUUCUCCCCGUGCAUGCGUGGGUUUUCUCCAGGUACUCCGGUUUCCUCCCACAUUCCAAAAACAUGCUAGGUUAAUUAGCGACUCCAAAUUGUCCAUAGGUAUGAAUGUGAGUGUGAAUGGUUGUUUGUCUAUAUGUGCCCUGUGAUUGGCUGGCCACCAGUCCAGCGUGUACCCCGCCUCUCGCCUGAAGACAGCUGGGUUAGGCUCCAGCACCCCCUACGACAGUAUCACUCGGAUACUGUGAACAUCCAGCAGCAACACAACAUUUUGGCAUGACUACUAUUUUGAUGAAAAAUACACUGAACCAGGGCUGCACAGCGGACAGGUGGUUGGCACACAGGCUUCACAGCUAGGAGACCUAAGUUCAAUUCCACCCUCGGCCAUUUCCGUGUGGAGUUUGCAUGUUCUUCCCCGUGCAUGCGUGGGUUUUCUCCGGGUACUCCGGUUUCCUCCCACAUUCCAAAAACAUGCUAGGUUAAUUAGCCACUCCAAAUUGUCCAUAGGUAUGAAUGUGAGUGUGAAUGGUUGUUUGUCUAUAUGUGCCCUGUGAUUGGCUGGCAACCAGUCCAGGGUGUACCCGAAGACAGCUGGGAUAGGCUCCAGCACCCCCUCGUGAGGAAAAAGCGGUAGAAAAUGAAUGAAUGAAUGAACAUCCAACCAUUUUCUAGGUCGCUUUUCCUCACUAGGGUCUCAGGGGAGCUCAUGCUGGAGCCUAUCCCAGCUGAUUUCAGGCAAGCGGCGGGGUACACCCUGGACUGGUUGCCAGCCAAUCGCAGUUUAGAGUCUGCAAUUACCCUAAAAUGCAUGUUUUAGGAAUGUGGGAGGAAAACGCUAAACAUGCAAACUCCACACAGAGAUGCCCAAGCGGAGAUUUGAACCCAGAUCUUUCUGAUCUCCGAACAUGCUAACCACUCAUACAUGUGCGGCCCAAUCUCUUAAAUGUAUUUAUCACUUUUGGGUCUGGAACUAAUUAACCACUAUAAACCAGGGACACGGGUCCAUCAUUUUAUAAUAGCCAAAAAUACUAGACCACAUGCUCACUCAUUAUUUUUUUUUAUUGAUACCGAGUCCUGAGUUGACAUGCCAUGUGACAACACACAGUAUUGGUGUAAAAAUAGUACUUCUCCAUUCCAUGUCAGCAAAAAAUACACUUUGGUUUCCGACACACCGAGGAAGACCUCAGGAAGACUUGAUAU